GCGUUUGCUAGAGCAGACUAUGAACAUCUGUGUGUACUCAGAGACAGGAUGGUUGGUCUAAUGCCACCAGAGAUGGUCUGCCGGGAACAGAAACGUGUCGGUGCUGCGGCAGCAGUGGCAGUGCCCCAUGGGGAAUGGGGAAAUGGAAAGGGAGAUCACCAGACACAGUUAUCUGCUUCUGACAUGUGAUGCUGCAAGUCAGCAAAAAUGGGAGAAAUCCUGAGGAAAUAGCAAAUAGCAGUUGUCACCCCAUUUCUGGGCAGGCAUGAACAAAUCUCCCCUGAACAACAAUCAAAAUCCUCUCUUUUCUGUGGAUUUCCCUUUUUUUAUGAAAAGGGGCAGAUUUACGACCGGGUAUAUAUUGCAAUAGGGAUCAGACAACCAGGGAGAAAAGUGAAGCAACGGUUCAGCUGCUUGUUCUCAGACUCUGCUUCAAGGUGAGCAAGAGCCCUUCACUUGAAAUCCUCCACACGAUGCUGAUGCUGCUGCUGCAGGUCUCAGCAAGCUGCCUCUGGCUGGGACGCAGCGAGGUGGUGACAUCCUUUGAAAGUUCAUGCCCUCAGUUUUUCUUUCGGGAAACUCCCCCAAAUGAAGCCAUAGAGCCAGAGAGCCCAGCCUGGAUCUGCCAGCGUUACAAGAACCAGUAUUACUUUGCCACCCUGUACGACAGGAACCGGCGUAUUCCCGUAUACUCUGCUUACAUCUACCAGCCUGGACCUGGCAAGAGACCUAAAACGUGGCUGGUUGAGCCCCAGCUGAUGGGUCUAACUUAUCCCAAAACUAUGGAAAGAGAGUGGACCCUCUUAAAUUAUUUCAACAUCAGCUUAGAGCAACUCAGCAAGAGCCAGGCUAUCCUCCAAGACUACAAGAACCUGACAGGUUUGAACCGUGGCCAUUUGAACCCCAGUGGCCAUCACAGUGACUCCAGCAGCAGGACGGCUACCUUCACCCUCACUAACAUAGUGCCCCAGGAUGAGAAACUCAACAGUGGCACCUGGAACAACUACGAGCAGCAAACGAUGAUCAGGAAGACCCAGGGCUGUAACACCACCUACGUCGUUGUGGGCGCCGUGCCUGGGAACAACUAUAUUGCCAAGGGGAGGGUUAAUAAACCCAGCUACCUCUGGUCGAGUGCCUGCUGUGAGGUGGACACCAACCACAGGAAGGCUUGGGCGGUCAUUGCUGAGAACGACAACAACAAGGUCCAGCUCCUCACACUCGGGGAGCUGGAGGAUGUGUUGACCCAGCUUUAUGGGAGGGACCGGGUUUCUCUGUUUGACAGUGACUGUCCCCGGGAAUAAGCCUCGCUUCUCAUCCUGUGUGUAAAAAAACUCAGGAGCCUUCACCAUUAGCAGCAUUGCCACAUGUCCUGUGCAGCGUCUUUCCUGCUUCCUUCUCUACCAGUUUUCCAGCUCUGUCUCUCAGAGUGCCUUCUCCUCUGAUAAAAGGGAGAAAGAGGUCAGCAGAGCCUCUAGCAGGUUUGCUUUGCUGCCCACCCUUGGAGGAAGCUCUCAGGGAGGAGUCCUUGCCCUGGCCACUCUGAAGGGGCAGGUGGGAUAACAGCCCAUGGGCAAGGAAAUCGGAGCUUGUCACUGAGACUAGAGGGGCUUUGACUUUUUUUCCCUUUUUCUCCAUGCCCAUAUACAGAUCAUAGUUCCUUCCUCUCCUCGUUAGACAUCACUGAUAAUGUGCUGCUGACUUGUCCCUCACCUCCUCAGGAUGGGUGUGUGUCUAGGGUGGCUCAGGUUGCCCAGAGAGGUUGUGGAGUCUCCAUCUAUGGAGAUACUCAAAACCCAACUGGACACAGUCCUGGACAGCCUGCUCUAGCUGGCCGUGCUUGAACAGGGGUCUGGACUAGAGGACAUUGAGAGGUCCCUCCCAGCCUCAACAGUUCAGUGAUUGUGUGACUCAUCCUGGGGCCAGGCAAGCAAAGAGCCCAAGGAUUGCUGAGAGUCUGUAAGGAUUAUCCUGCAGAUACAUUCUGACCACAGCAAAGGAUAAAGAGAGAGAGGAAGGUGGAAAGGAGGAAGACAACAAGGAUGAGGAACAUGCCAGCUCUCUUGAAGUCUGUAGAUAUGUAAAACAAGGAGAAGGAACAUUAAUCACUAGGCUCCCCAUACCUGAACUUACAUGAAGACCACGAUUAUGUACAUUUACUAGCAGGUUGUUUGCUUACUUUUGGACCACACACCUUGAGAGCAGGAGCUGAAGUAUCAGACGACCAGGCUCAGGGACCACAUAUACAGCAGGCUUUGACCAAAGACAAAUUUCUGUGAUACACUGGAUAAUUUCAUUCUCUGCUCUACUUCUGAACCUUUUCUGCAGAUUUAUUCAUAACUGAUUUUGUGAAAUAUAUUCGAUGAGUGUAAAAGAUCAAUAUAUGCCAUAUAAUUUAGUUUCAGAGUAGUUUACAAUAUAAAUUAUUUGCUCCAG